GGAGAGUUCUCCGGAGAGGAAGUGAGAAGCCGGGUGUCGGGAAUUUGCAGUGAGUUAUUCAGGACGGGGAUAACAAAAUCUGAACUCUAACACAGCUGGAGUGUAAAGACUGCUCAAUUCCUAGAUCUGAUCAGCAAGCCUAGUGUGAUCCACUGGAUUUGAGGGAGAGAAAUCCCUCUGACCGUUGGACAAAAAAAGAUAAUUUAUCCAACAGAGGCACUCUAAAACCUGAGCAGAUGCCGUUACAUGAUGAGGUGUCGGUUGGACUGGUAGAUGCAAAACCCAUCUCCAACAGUGCCAGCAAGAGGAAGAGAAAAAGUUCUCUUUCUGGGAUGAACAGUUGUGAGAACAGCCUCAGAAGUUCAGGGGAGCCAGUUGAGAUGGUCGGCUGCGCAGAAAGGCCACACAGCCAGUCUCCCGAAAGGAUGCAAGACGAAGACCAAAUAGCUUGCGAGCCUUUAGGAACCACCACUCUCUCCAGACUUCUUCCUGGGCCAAUCUCGAGUCCUAAGAAGCGAAAGCUGAUUUUGCACAUCGAUUUGAACAACACCAUCCUGGUGUCUGAUUCGGUUACCAAACAGGACCCCGGUGAUGCUUUAAACUAUUACCUGAGUACGGUGACCUGGGGAAAAUUUAGCCAGACAGGGGAGUGGCAGUGGGUCAGUGAGUCUCCCUCUUUGCACCCUCCCUGCCAAGGUGCUGUGAGCUUCUAUUCUUAUUAUGGCCGCCACGCCAAAUUCACAGAGACGCCCUGCGGGAGGAAGUUCCGGGACCUUCACAGGCAUCACUUGAAGCUGCUAGAGUGGCAGGGUCAGCCUCACCCUCAGCUCUCCGUCCAAGAUGAGCAGGCCAGGCACUACCACUUGGUGCUACCUUCCUUCUUCUGCCUCCUGGAGAGCUUGCAUCGAGAAGGGAGGGAAUUUGCCAUCAUCUUUCGUACCUUCGGCACAGAUCUGCCUCGUGUCCUGCGGGCGGUGAGCUGCACCCUGGAGGGGCAGCAUCCCAGCUUCCCUGCCCUGGGAGAAAUCUCGUUGCCUGUAGAUCCCAGACUUGGAAGGAUACGUUGCAGCAAGAAAAAAAUAGCACUAAGCCAUGGAGCUGAACAGCUCUCCAGCGACAAUGGGUGCAGGAAAAUGUAUGCCUAUUUCAGCUCCAGGGAAGGCAUCAGUGGUUUCCAGGACCACUUUGAAUGGUGGGCUAAGAAUAAUUAUUCCAGCCAAGGUGGAAAGCCCCUUUGGGUUGAUCCUCAGGACGCCAGAGUCCAGCAUAUCUUUAUAGAUGACAAUAUCCGACUGACUGAUUCCGACACCAUUGUCCACCCUCAGGUAUUCUUAGGGCAAGGAAGUGAUUCUCCCCAGACAGUUCCUACUUCGGAGCACUAUGACAUCUGCCUAGUACAGACAGACCUUCUGGAGGCCAUUGCCGAUGUGAACUAUUUCUGCCACUGCAUAAAACGCUGUGAAGAGAAUUAUGAGAGCUACUUGUCCAGAGUUGGGGCCUGCAUCUAACAGGGUUGGCUGAGCGGUCCCAAAGCCCUUUGUGGUACUGCAAGGGGAGCAAAGAACCCAAAUCUCCCAGUUGGCCGCUGCUUGUCUACCUCCCAACGAAGUCAGUAUUCUUGUUUUAACUUCCUGGUGAGGGCUCCAUGCUGGAAGCUCCUUGAAAAGAGAGCUGGGCCUCCAAGCAAAGAAACAUGCUGCCUGUUUUCUCUGUUGCUGCCUGGAUCAGAGCAUCUAAAUAGAGGUGGCUGUGUUUUAUUUAUAAUAUUUAUUCAGCGCUUAAUGAGGGGGGGGGGAUUUUCUUGCCCUACGGAUGAGUGAAGCAGGUAACCACACUCACACACUGCACUCAAAACUGUUCCGUAACCCAGCCUUUCUCUGCAAACAUUAAAAUCAUCUCUAACUGUU